CCCCUUCUUGUAAAGUUUUCUUUCAAAUUACUUUUCCGAUCUACAAUCUGAUUACACCAUUACAAUCUGAUUACACCAUUGUGUUCGUUGCAAUUAAAUCUUCACAACAAGAUCUUACAUGAUUAUAUUACGAUAAAAAAAUAUUUAUAUUUAUAAAUUACUUUUAUUAUAUAUGUAAGUUACUUUUACCAUAUACUCCGUAUAUAAAUUACUUUUAGAUUUGAUUAAAUUACUUCUUAUGCAUUCAUAAUGCUGUAAGUUGAUUAUUUUUUAUUAUUGGUUUUAGUCAAUUCUAUAAUUUAUGGACUUUAAAUUUAAUUAUUAUAUAGACCAUAUUUUUCUCCAUACAAGGAAUUCACUUCUAAUGUUGUAACAAUUUACUUCCAUUUUGUGCAAAGUUACUUUUAUGAUUUAUGUAAAUUACCUUUAGACUUUAUUGAAUUUACUUUUAUAAAUGUAUUUACUUGAAAAUCUUCUCUACACUUUGCUUAUGAAUUUACUCCACAUAGUUUCUUAUUUUAACUCAGUCAGAAUGUAAUUACUUUUCAUGCUAUAGGGAAGUUACUUCUAUAAUUUAAAUAAAUUACUUUUAAACUAAUAUGUUUUUUAAUAUAUUCAACAUGCAUCUCAUUUUGUCACAUAUUUUGAGCAGGGUACAAUGAUGCAAAUAGAUUUUAAAAAUAAUAUGUGAUUUAAAAGAUAUAAGUCAUUACAUAGGUUAAAAAAGAAAUGCACCAUUGUAUUUUUUUUAAGCUAAAGAGAGAUUUAUAUGUGUAUGAAGUGGUUGAUGAUUAAAACAUAAAUCAGCGAACGGCCGCUCCCUAGUCUAGUCGCGUCCUAUUUUUUUUAGUUCCUCAUGUACAUGUACAAAAACCAUUUAAUCCGACUGGUUCAGAGAGUGCAAAACGGACUACGAAACUUGGAUCUAAUUACAAUCAAAGUCAUCAACCAUGUCAAUUAACGAAAUAAACGCGACUUCCAACCUGAGUCUGUUCCGGACAGGCGGCCGGCCGCGCACCACGUCACCUGAACACAUCUUCCCUAUAUAUAUUCCCCACGUUACGUCCAGCAGCCUGCACGUACGACACAAUCAUUGCGCCCGUGCUCCAUUAACUAUUUUAGACGCCACGCUGCCACGCCGCCGCCGCUUGUCUUCGAUCGAUCGUGCGCCAAGCCUAGCUAGCUUUGUCUCCAACCUUUUUUGCAGACUUCCGAGUAGCCAGCCCACCUGCAGGUGUCCCAACUCUUGCUGCCGCUUCGGUUUGUGCACGUGCGCUCGCCAUGAACGCCGCCGCCGCAGCCCCAGCGCCGACCAUGAACUUCGCCGCCAUCCACUCGGUAUGGCACGACAACUUUGACGCCGAAUCAGCCCAGCUCCUCGCCGUCGCGCCGCGCGCUGUCCACGUCGCGGUGAGCGUUCAGUACCCCGGAUGCGCCGUCGCCCAAGCGGGCACCAGUGGCCGGAAAAAGUACGGGAGUCUCACCGCCGAGAAGCGCUAUGACAUGGUCAAGGCUAACAUCGACGAGCUCCACCCCAUUCAGGUCGGCCUUGCCAUCCGUGCCAACGACGACGACGGCGACAGCGGCGAGCUCGUUGUAUUCGAGUUCAAUCUCCGGGGCUUCGACAUCAACAACCCGGCUGACCUGAGGGACCCGGCCUCCAUCGCACACCUCCGGGGCCGCGGCGUCGACUUCGGCAGGCUCCCGUGCGCCGGCGUCGAGCCGCACAGGCUCCGGUUGCUGCUCCUCGGCUCCGGCCUGCUCCAAGCGUGGCCGUCAUGGGCGACGUUCACUGGCGCGUACCAUGUCGGGUACUUGAUGAAGAUCCUGACGGGGGCCGAGCUCCCGUCCGGCCUCGACGCCUUCACGACCAUGGCGACCGGGACCCUCGGGGAGGGCGUCUACGACGUGAAGCGGCUGGCGGCGGAGGUGAACACAGCGUGCGGGUUCUCGCUCAGGGAGAUCGCCGCGUGCAUCGGCGUGGUGCCGGUGGCGGCCCAACAUGGGAUGGUCGCCAGCGCCGGCGCCGUCUCGACGCUGCAAUGCUUCAAGGCGUUGAGGGAGCGCCUCGGUGAGGCCCGGGUGGCGAUGCACGGCCAACAGAUGUGUGGGCUCCGCGCUUAUUGAUCUUUUUUUCAAUUUCGAUCAUCUGCGGUGAUUCGAGGCUUCUGCCCUUCGGUUUAACGGCCGAUGUGAUUAGGCUUUUUUUUUUCUAUGUAAUAUAAUUCCAUUCUUUUAAUUACUUAGUAGCAAUGUUAGAUGAAUAUAUAUGGAUUAUUUCUUUUAGACAAUGCAACUUUGUAUUAACACAAGUUAUUCCAUGUCUCGAUUACACAUCAAUAAUUGUAAUGAAUCGUAUUUGCUGUGUUCUCUUUUAUUAGCAAUAGAAACUCUGCAAUGCAAAAAUGUUCUCAUGGUGCUUGCUUUACUGCAUAACUUUUUCUAAAGUGGUCUAGAUAACUUGAGCAAUUACCAAAUGAGGUACGCUCAUGAAAUGUUUUUUUAAAAAAGGAUUGUAGUAUUAGUUAGACGUGUUAUAAACUUGGGUUUCCUGUGUUUAAAAAGGAUUGAAAUAAUUUAUACAGAUUUCUUGUGUUUAAAAAUAGUCGAAUAAGUAUGGCGAACAAAUCAUAUGGCUCAAAUGGGUAAACAACAAGCAAAACAUUCUACCACGCUUAAAGCAGUCAUUGUCCAAAAAUAGUUUGAAACUCAAAAUUACAAUAGAUAUAAUUUCCCGUAUUUAACUGAUACUAGCAUAGUGUCCGGCUGUCCGCUCGGUACAAUGGAAAAACUAAAUUAGGAGAAAACUACACAUCGGACGUCUGAUAACUUAAAAAAUUGGACGGCCAAAUGUUUCAGUUGAUCAACGAAUGAAACAUUAAGUUAUAUAUGAUAGAAAAAAUAAUAAUUGAAAUAUUUAAAUACGAGGGAAAAGGGUUUUAUGUAGUAGUGCGUUCAUUAUUUCUUUCUUGUUACUAUAAAGGAGCCCUUACUCAUAGCCCAUCAUAAUUUCUUAGUUCUUCAUGUACAUGUACAAAAACCAAUUAAUCCGAUUGGUUCAGAUCAGAGUGCAAAACGGACUACGAAAUUAACUUGGAUCUAAUUAACAUCAAUUAAUGGACGCCGCCGCCGUGCACUCGGUGUGGCAGGACAACUUCAAGGCCGAGUCCGACAUCCUACGCUCCGUCGCGCGGCGCGCCCGCCACGUCGCGCUUAUAUUAACGUGCAAUACCCCGGCUGCCCCGUCCCCGGCGGCGAGCCGAGGCCGUUCGAGCAGCUCACUGCCGAGCAGCGGUACGGGGUGCUCAAGGCGAACGUCGACGCGCUCAGGGCCAUCCAGGUCGGCCUCGCCAUCCGCACUGGCGAUGGCGGCGGCGAGGCGUUCGUCUUCGAGUCCAACCUGAACGGCUUCGACGUCGGCAACCUGGACUUGCCACGCCAGAGGGACGCCAGGUCCAUCGCGCACCUGCGAUGCGAGCCCGCGGCGUCGACUUCGCCAGAGGCUGCCGCGCGGCGGCGUCGAUUGGUACAGGCUACGGCGUGGCUGCUCUGGGACUCCGGCCUGAUCCGGCGGGCGCGGCCGUCGUCGUAGGCGACGUUCGCUGUCGGCUACCACGUGGCCUACGCCGUCAAGUUGCUCACCGGAAGGGAUCGAGCUCCCGGCCAGCUCGACGGCUUCACGCGGCUGGUGGCCUCCAUCUUCGUGCGCCGCGUCUACGACGUCAAGAGGAUCGCGAGGGAGCAUGAGCCGGUGCACGUCGGCGCGCUCACCAGCCUUGCCGAGCGGCUCGGUGUUUUCAUCGUAUACCUAUACGACAUAUAUAUCCGACUGGGUAUGGGGUGCCAUGCAUAGAUAGAAUAUAUUUAAAGGGACUCGGGUUAAAUUUCAAACAUCUGCUCCGCAAGGAAA